AUGGACGCACCAGCCAUGAUCGAUGACUUCACCCGCGCGUGCGGUCAUGGACCAAUGAGCGUGGAGGAUGCCAACUGUCCUCCUCAGGCUUUGAGUCUUCUCCCUCUAAUGCACCAGUUACGCCUCCUGAUGGCUAGGCAAGGGGUUUUGGGCUGUCUUGUGGUCUUGUGGCUCUCUGUGAGCCUAAUAUCUGCUCGAAUUCGCACAAAUCAAUGGCUGGUUCGUCUUCAAACUGACGGUCAAGAGGAUCGAGAUGCACUGAAAGCUCGUGCCAAGCAAAUCGCAGCUGAAACUGGAUUCAGGAUGUGGUUAGAAGAUCAUAACACUUACUUCCAUCCCAACGAAUUCCUUUUUUUACACCCGAACUCGAAACAACCAAGCAAGGCUAUCCACGAUACCCUAGUUGGUCACCCAAGUGUUGAAAGUGCUGAACAGUUGAAGGGUUACAAACGCAUGAAGCGUGGCUUUCGACCUAUUGAAGAAGAGGAAAAAGAGUCCGCAGGCAGAGCACUCUCGCCAUCCGAGGCCGAAAUUGUCCGUGGACUAUCCUCAGAUCCACUCUUCCGAAAAGAAUGGUAUAUUUAUAACACAGGCCAAGCUGAAGGCACACCAGGUCUCGAUUUGAAUGUCCUCGCUGCCUGGGCUCAAAAUAUUACGGGUAGAGGCGUUGUGACAGCAAUUAUGGAUGAUGGGAUAGAUUACCUUCAUCCCGAUAUUGCACCGAACUACGCCGCCGAAGCGAGCUACGAUUUCUCUGGAAAUGAUGCCUUUCCCUAUCCACGAUAUACAGACGACUGGUUCAACUCGCAUGGAACACGAUGCGCCGGCGAGGUGGCAGCUGUUGCCGGCAACGGUGUUUGUGGCGUUGGUGUAGCGCCUGAUUCGCGUGUCGCCGGACUACGCAUGCUUGACCAGCCCUACAUGACCGAUCUCAUUGAAGCUGCUGCCAUGUCGCAGGCCAGAGACAUCAUUGAUAUCUACUCUGCCAGUUGGGGACCCACUGAUGAUGGCAAAACUGUCGAUGGGCCUAGAAAUCAAACUAUGCAGGCCAUUGUUGACGGUGUGAAUAAAGGCCGAGGAGGCAAGGGAUCACUCUAUGUCUGGGCAUCAGGGGAUGGAGGUCCGGAAGAUGACUGCAAUUGCGAUGGUUAUGCCGCUUCUAUGUGGACCAUUUCGAUCAACUCGGCGACGAAUGAUGGCCAGACUGCCAGCUACGAUGAAUCCUGUGCGUCGACUCUUGCAUCAACCUUCUCUAAUGGCAAAUCAAUGCUGAGUCUUGACGCUGGAGUGGGAACAGUGGAUCUCUAUGGAAACUGCACGCUUCAUCAUUCAGGAACCUCAGCUGCUGCCCCAGAAGCAGCUGGCGUUCUUGCAUUGGCGCUGGAAGCGAAUCCUGAACUAACAUGGCGAGACAUGCAACAUCUGAUAGUGCUCACCUCCAAGCGCAAUCAUCUCUAUGAUCGUGAAGGCACCCACAACUGGACCAUCAAUGGCGCUGGUUUGGAGUUCAAUCACCUCUUCGGCUAUGGCGUUCUUGACGCCGGUGACAUGGUUCGAAUGGCCAAAUUGUGGAAGACUGUGCCAGAACGGUUCCAUUGUAUUGCAGGCAUUUUCAAUGGCCGCAAGGUUGUCACUGUCGGCAAGCCUAUCCAAUUGGAGCUCUACACAGAGUCCUGUCAAGGGAAUCCAGAAAGUCAAGUGAACUUUAUUGAACACGUCCAGGCUUUCAUCAGCAUUCGAGCUAGCCGAAGGGGGGAUUUAGUGAUGUUCCUUACCUCCCCAAUGAACACAACUUCAAUGAUUCUUGGAGCUAGACCUAAGGACUCGGAUUCGCGUCGGGGAUUCACUAAGUGGCCCUUCAUGACCACACACAUGUGGGCUGAGAGUCCGAGAGGUACGUGGAAGCUAACGGUGGGUUUGGAUCCACAAAAGCAUCGUUCCCAUGGAGGUGAGGAUCCUGCUCUGGGACAUGCAUUGUUGACUGAAUGGAUCCUAAUGAUUCACGGAACGCAGAAGUCGCCCUACAUCGCUCUACCAGAAAGUGCAAGUCAGCUGGUACCAAAAUUAGGGCUUGUGAAGCGGCAACACCUAUCAGAGAGAUUUUCAGCAUGA